UUUGAACAUUAAUUAGCAACAACAGUAACAAAAGGGGAAAGAAAAGAUUGGGGGGUCAAAUAAUGGAACAACUGAAGCAAAACGGAAAUGAAAAAGCGAGUGCGAUUGUUGCGGGUUGUGGAGAGGCGAGUGCGUUUCAGGCUUGUGCAUUAUGCAUGGAUUUUGAAUGUCUGGAGAAAGACCAGAGAAGCCUCAGGCCUCCUCAUCCAAUCCCCGACUUCCAGCGAUCGGCGAAUUAAGUGCUACGCGGCCGCUUCUCGCCGGAAAAUCUUGGCACGGUUUCCAUUCCCCAGUGUAUGGUGUUCUAUUCCUUCUUCGCCCCGCCUCUCCGUUACAGAAACAGGACAAUCAGGAGACUGUUCCUACUCUCUGGAGGCCAAUACACGAUGAGGACCGGCCAUCCUGGAUGAUUUUCAUGCGCUACCGACACUGUAUAGAAUCAACCAAGGAACAACCCCACCCCCUGACAAUCGUUAGCUUUCGAUGGGCGUCAUCCAUUGACGUCUUUGGUUCGCCCUGCCGAGCAAAGCCUCUCGAGUUUCUAUGGAUUCGACGCUUAAACUGCCGCAACCGAUUUGGCCCAAACGUGGACGGGAGACCCGCAGCGAGCAUCUGAAAGGAUGAAAGUGCCCAAACAGAAUUAGAAAAAAAACCUAAACGGGUGUCAAAAAAAGAGGAGGAUGGGGUUUUGCCAAGAUUCAGGAGAGGGAAAUUAUUUUCGUUUUUUGAUUACGACCACGAGUAUCCAUAUCGAAUGUACAGCUCGCGUACACAAGUACGAAGAGUUGCCACUGUUGUUUUUAAUUACUUGAGAUGGGGAUUCUUUGGGACAUCGCGGCGCUAAUGAGCUAACAUUUAUUU